UUGACGUUGUUUCCCAGAAUAUUUUUAAGCAAAGAGGACCUCGGCAUAAAUUCUGGGAUAUUUCCUAGCUGGAAAAUCUUUUAGGCAAACGGUCGAAACAACUGGCUAUUCUAAAAGUAGAAUUAAUCGUUAACGCAGCAAAUUUGCUUCCGCUUUAAAACACCUGAAACUCGUAUUCAAAGGCCGUCAACGUCCAUUUAAAAAAGGAAGUGCCAAUAAUAUGAAGCUUUUGUUCGAAUGCCUAGGCCUAUCUUCGAAGCUACAUUCCUUUGAACUUAGAAACUUCAGGUGGCACACAGAAACUUCUUCUUCGCGCUCUAGAGAUGAAAUUUCAAUAUUGGACACAUUCAAAUGGUUUCUUGAGUCUCAAAUUUGCCUUACAAAAUUCCUGGUGCAGAAGACGUGGUUUUCGGAGCAGGUUGGAAUGGAGAUUCUAAAAUGUAUCAUUGGCAAAAAUAUUUCUUUGACAGAACUGGGUUUGAUUCAGUUUUUCGAGAGCGACAUUGACAUAAGCAAUGAUGCCGAGUUCCAUGAAUACUUCAAGUUGUUGCCAAAUCUGGAAAUAUUAAAGCUCAGUUAUCAAUGUGUCUCCACAAAAGUUCUAGAUAUUCUCUGCUUUCCAGAAACUUCCUUUAUCAAAUAUUUGUACGUUCGAUGCCACUAUACAGAGUCUCUGAGUAAAACCAUUCCAUAUUUAUCAUGGCUGAAAUUUCGUCAGACACAUCGCAAUGCCCUAGUAACAUUUGAAAUCACAGAAAUCGUUCGACGCGAAGAUGUUGCACGUCUUCUUCCUGAAGCAAUUCAAGUGAAUAAUGUUAAAUAUAGUUGUGGUUACACCUUGCGGACUGAUGGGAACUUACAGACAGAUGGGUCUACAACUGUGCAAUAUUUGAGUACUGCGUUUUCAGAAAGUUUACAGAUCAUUCACCUCGAUUUCGGUUUCUUCAGUAUACUUCAUUUAGAUGAUGCCAUCAUUAACUUGUGUCAAACUUGCAAGGACUUAAUUCGUAUUAAUGUAAUUGGAGUAUUUCCUGUACGUCUAGCUGAAAGACUAUGUGAAACAGUCCUACAAGAGAAUUCAGCGCUGCAAGUAAUUUCCUUGAUAUUCCACUUUGCUUCUUUCGAAGAUCAGUAUCAAAUACGACAAGUGCAAGACUACAGACAGCAACUCAAAGAUCGAGGUGUCCAGUUUGACUUCAAUCUUCUGGCAUAUUAUACAUACAUAUAGUAAAGCAUUAAUACUCAUGUUUGAAAAAUAAAUCUAUUAUUA